AUGGAAUUAUUGAUGCGUGGUGAAUUUUUCUAUCGAAUUCGUACACAAACAUCACUUUCUGAAAAAGAAGCAAGUCAAUUAAUGAGAAAACUUGUAUCAGUUGUCAAUUUCAUGCAUAGUACUGAUUUAUGUCAUCGAGAUCUUAAACCAGAAAAUUUACUUUUUUCAUCAUCUCUUCUCGAUGCUGAAAUAAAGAUAAUUGAUUUUGGUUUUGGUUUUGCUAAAAAAAGUACUAAACAUCAACCGAUGACAACACCAUGUGGUACACUCUUAUAUACAGCAUUAGAAGUACAUCGUGCUGCAACAUCACUUAAUCAUUAUCAAUCAUCUUCUCUUUCGAUAUCAUCAGUAUCAUCUUCGUCUUCAUCAUUAUCAUCAACAAGUACAACUGUAGCUCUUGUACCUUCUACAUUGACAAAUACAAGUCCAAUUACAUAUGAUUAUGAUGAGUCAUGUGAUUUAUGGUCACUUGGUGUUAUUUUAUAUACAGUGUUAAGUGGUGAAGUUUCAUUUAAUUCGAUAACAACUCAUCGAACAGCUGAAGAUAUUGUUGAAGAUAUUACACCAGCUAAACAUUUUGUUAAAGGUUUGUUGACAGUUGAUCCAUCAAAACGUUUAACAAUUAAAGAUUUAUCAAGAAAUACUUGGCUUCGAGGUUCAAGUAUUCAAACAUCACAUGAUCUUUUAAUGACACCUAGUAUACAUUGUCAAGCAUCUCAAUCUCUGAUUAUAUGUGUUGUAUCUACUAAUAAUGUUCCUUCAUCUAUAUUAUCACAUACUCGUCGUUUAUGUAGAAAUGGUGUUUGUCGUGAUCGUCAUGCUCCAUGUCCACCAACAAAUGGUAUUUCAUCUUUAUCAUCAUUUGAUUUUAGUGAUGAAAGACUUUCACAAUUAAUAAAUCAAUAUCCAUUAACAACGACAAUACCACCAAAAAGAUAUGGAAUGACAUUAAGAUCACGAGCAACUGUUGCUAUUAAUGGUGUUCAGCAUGAACUUGCAUCUCCUGUUUUACCUCCACCAUUACUUUUUGUACCUUCUUUAUCUUUUUCUUCAUCUUCCUCUUCAAUUAUUAUAGAUAUACAUUCUUCAACGAAUACUAAUAGUGAGAAAUGUUCAUUAAGAUCACGCAUUCAUCAUCCAUUGGCAUCAGUGAAUAAGAAAAUGAAACGAUCCGGUACAAUAACUAUUGACGAUUAG